CCAGUUUAUCCCAGCACACAUUCUGCACAUCAUCACACACUGAGUUUCACACACACGACUUCACUUCAUCUACAGGAGACAAUCACUAACAACUGAAGAUGGGAAAAAUUAACGGAUGUCUUAAAUGCCUUUUUAUCUUCUUCAAUGUUGUGUUUGCAAUCAUUGGAUGCAUCUUGAUCUUCGGGGUAGUGAAGGCCACCGCUGUCAGCAGCCAGCUGUCCACACUGGGGACUCCAGGGAUAGGAUGGGGCUGGCUGUUCGCCAUCGGUGUCCUUAGCAUCUCCUGCCUGGGAAUUUACGCCGGAUGCUCUGAGAAAGCCUUGGCCUUCAAAAUAUUUGCAGGAUUCAUGAUCGCUGGCAUAAUCAUCAUGAUGAGCUUUGGUAUCUAUGUCGUCGUCGUAAGAAACAAGAUCAAAAACGCCUUUCUGAUCGUCUCAUCUGAGGCAUCACAAACCUUGAUGCAGGAGGAUUCAUUCAGACAGUAUCUUGAUGGAAUGCAGUCAGUUAGCUCGUGCUGUGGCCUGACCAGUGCAGAUGACUGGGGUUCUACCAUCCCUGACUCCUGUGCAUGCUCUGGAGGAUACGGACAGUAUGGCAUAUAUAGUGGAUCUGGAUGCAGAGACAAACCCCAGGGUACCAGUGGUCCAUCUCAGAUCUACAUCCAGUCUUGCGGUGACUUCCUCUUCUUUGCUGUUGACCUUUUCUGCAAGAUCCUAAUGGGUAUCUUCUUUGGAUUUGCAGUCAGUGCACUGCUGGGCCUGCUCAUGUCCCUCCUGAUGCUCCAUCAGAUCAAACGUUAUGACGGUGCCGGAGGAGCCUCUUUCUCCAUGAAGGGCUAAAGGGAUCCUGAAGCUCUGACCUAAAGCUCUGCACUAUAACUUCUUUACUGUUU